GACGGUUGGACAUUUCCGGCAGAGAUUGGGCAGGUUACCUUUGUCCAGGGCUAGUAUAAAUAGCCGGAGUAAAUUCUAAAUUGGCACAGUUCAACUGAAACCCUCAUCAUGCAUUCUCUACGACUCCUGGUUCUUCUUGGUGUUCUGAUGGCCACUCAGGGCAGAGUCUUAGAUCAGGACACGGCCCCGGAGGUUGUCGCUUCACCUCAAGAAACCAAACCCGUGGAGGUCAAGCAGGAAGUUGCCAACGAAAUACUGGAAACCCAGCCGCAACUGGGUGGCGCUGUCAUCUCCCAAGGCCAAUCUUCUGCAGCUAUCGAUCAAGUUGGAGUGAAGGAGGGUCAAGAUCAGGUGACGAACUCCACAGAUCCAGAUGUCCAGGAAAGCCAACCCCAAGUGGUUUCUGUCCUAGAAGUAACUAAAGAAAACCAGGAAGCACACGCCCCUCUGACCAAGGUCGUCAGUAGCCCAGUAGCCCCAGCGAUAACCGAGGAAAAGCAGUCCACUUCCAAUGAGAUACCCAAGGAUCAGGAGCCGCGCAAAGAAGAAGUUAUAACCCAGAACCAUCCCAACGUCCAAGGUCGCGAUAAUAAGAUCCAGUUGGUGUAUGAGCAGCCUGGUCAAAACCAAAACCAGAUUCCACAGAUAAGCAUUCAAGACCUGGAGAAGAUCUUCAAGUAUCAGGGAGUGCAAGUGGUCAACGGAUCUCAACCAUUGUACCAGUAUCCGAGCACCUACAACAAGUACCCAUCUUACCCGAAGGUGGAAUACGUUUCUGUGGUGAACACAUCGGAUGCCAAUGUGACCCAGCACAUCCACAACCACACGCACUACUAUCCCAACCAGAAGAAGCCCGGAUUUCCCUUCCCCUUCCUGCCCAAUCCCUUCGAGAAACAGGAACCCGUUUAUGUUAACCUGAAUCAAACUACGAACUCCACAGGCAACGUGACUUACCACACCCACAUCCACGAGGAGACCAAGCCGUUCCCCUUCCUGCCCAAUCCCUUCACGGACUUCCCCAAGGUAGUGGGCCUCAGCUUGGUGCUUCUCCCGAAUCCAUUCUAUGUAAACAAGAACCACAACGUGAACCAGUCUCAGGUCGUGAGCCUGCCUGCUGGAUAUCAGGAGAACGGGGAGUACCAGUACUUUGGAAAGUUCCGUGCUCUUUCCGAGGAAACCCAGAAGCAGCAGCAGAAGCAGCAAUCGCAGCAGCAGCCGGCUCAGAAGCCCAAUUUCUACCUGAUCCCCAAUCCACUGGCCAGUCAGGCAUCCGGUGAUGGUCAAAAGGUAGAUGGCAAUGUUGUGCUUCCCAUAAAUCUGGCUGCUCUCCCACUUCUGGUUCCGGCUCCAGAGCUGACCCAGGGUAAAGCUUCGCCCUCGGGCAGCAUCAGUUUCCAGGAUCUGAUUAAGGCCACCAAUGUCCAUGUGAGCCAGCCCAUCAAGCUGCAGGCCAACAAUGGCUUCACUCAAGUUCAGAAGGAGCAGGCUGCCAUCCAGCAGCUGAUCCUCAGCCAUCUCAGCGAGCAGCAGAAGCUGUUCCAGAAGCAAUCCGUUGCGGGCGGAAAGCGCUCCCAGUCCGCACAGCCCGUUGUCCAACUCCAGGAGGAGGAGGAGAGCUCCGUUCUGUUUGCCGUGGAGAUCCCGAAGCCCAUCUAUCGCUUCUUCAAGGGCAUCUUCGGCGGUUUCUCCAACUGAGUGGCUAACUAUAGUGAUCAAUACCGAAAGAACAACAAAGAACCAAGGAGGAAACUAAGGCAAAUACUUGUAGUUAUUCAUUAGAAACCCAAAUAAAGUUAAGUGCAAACCCAA